UUAGGGGAUAGAAUAAUAUUCUUUUUCAAAGGUUUUGCAUAAUUGAAAUAAAAGUCAUAAAAUAUAUAAAAAAAUUAGUUUUAUCUUUUAUAGCUUCCUAUUUGACCAAAACAUAUACAGCGCAUUAUAAUGUGCAAUAUUUUUUUUUUUUUCUCUUUUUUUCAUUUACAAAAAAAAAGUAAGAAGCGAUAUCGAAAUAAAAAAUUUGCUGAAAAGAAAAGAUAUUAAUACUUUAAUAAACUCAAACAUCAUAAGCUUCUAGUGUGUCUCCACUCUUUUAAGUAUAUGCAUUCUAAGAGUGUUAUUUUUAAAUUCAACAUGAGUGCUUCUCUUAAGCUAGCUAGAAAAUUAGUUUAUUUUAUGUAAGUACGAAUAUAUAUAAAUAUAUGCAUGUUGUCGCCGGCUACUUGAGCUCUUACCGUACUCGUCCGUGUCAGUUGAUGCUCAUCUUUCGACCGAUCCGGAUCUCUCAUCUCGGGAAAGACAAACGCCGCAAUAUGUGUGUUGGGAAGGGUUUCUGCCUGCUGGCACUACUUUCUCUGGUGGUUUCCAGCGAUUCCCUGCGUAUCCUGGGCCUGUUUCCGCAUCCAGCCAUGAGCCACUUUAAGUUCUUUCACCCGAUUAUGCGUGGACUAGCCGAAGCUGGUCACAGUGUGGACGUCAUCAGCCCAUUCGAGGACAAGGAUCCGCCAAAAGGCUAUAAGGAUUAUCUACUGCCGCCCUCCACACUGACGGACACUAUUCAUUUGGAGGUCUUCGAGCGCCCUUUCCAAUACCUAUUUCACUACAUCGAGUACUUCAUCCUGUACAACAUGGGCAAGGAGGACUGUAACACCACCCUACACAGCGCAGCCCUAUCUGAGAUCCUGAAGAAUCCACCUGGUUACUACGAUGUCAUCCUGCAGGAGCAAUUCAAUACCGACUGUGCGAUGGGCGUGGCCCAUGUGCUCCAAGCACCGGUUAUUGGCAUGAGCAGUUGUGCCCUGAUGCCCUGGCACUACGAGCGAUUGGGUGCUCCACUGAUCCCGUCCUACAUCUCAGCUCUGUUCCAGGGACAAUCGCAGGAGAUGUCCUUGGCGGGUAGACUCGGUAACUGGAUUACCGUGCACUCGCUCAAUUUGCUGUACAAAAUCUUUACAGUUCCCGCUGCCGAUGCCUUGAUCCGCCAGAGAUUCGGUCCCGGCUUGCCCUCCACUGAAGAUAUGGUCAGGAAUACCUCAUUGAUGCUGGUCAAUCAGCAUUUCUCGCUGAGUGGUCCAAAACCACUGCCACCAAAUGUCAUAGAAGUCGGAGGUGUGCACAUUAGGCCACCUGAACCUCUACCCUCAGAUCUGCAGCAAAUACUGGAUAAUGCCUCCCAAGGAGUCAUUCUCAUUAGCUGGGGCUCUCAGCUUAAGAUGAGUUCCCUUCCCGCUGCCCGAAGAGAUGGCAUAGUUCGUGCCCUGGGGAGAUUGGAGCAGCAGGUGAUCUGGAAGUAUGAAAACGACUCACUACCAAAUAAGCCUGCAAAUCUGCAUAUCAGGAAGUGGCUUCCUCAGCGUGACAUCCUCGCCCAUCCGAAUCUAAGGGUAUUUAUGUCCCACGGUGGAUUGAUGGGCACCACGGAGGCGGUGUCCAGUGCAGUGCCCAUUGUGGGUGUGCCCAUUUACGGCGAUCAGUCGCUCAACAUUGCCGCAUUGGUUCACCGAGGAAUGGCUCUGCAGCUGGAGUUCAAGAAACUUGAUGAGAAUACGGUCUUUGAAGCGCUGACCAAGGCACUGGAUCCCUCUUUUAAGGAAAGAGCUAAGGAGGUGGCCUCGGCCUACAACAAUCGCAUCCAGGAUCCUUUGGAGACGGCCAUCUGGUGGGUGGAACAUGUGGCGGAGACGAAGGGAGCUCCUCUGACCCAACCAAGUGCAGUACAUCUCUCCCGUUUCGUAUACUACUCCUUGGAUGUGUACUUGGUGGUGGUCCUAAUCCUCCUGCUGCCUGUGUUCAUCCUAGUCGGAUUAAUCCGACUUUGUAGGAGAGGAAAGCCUAAAUCUACUCCAAAGCUGAAACGAAAAUAAAACUAGUUUAGAUUAACUUUUAGAUUAAGAUUAACUGCUCUGCUCUGGAAUGUGUAGAUUAUUUUCAAUGUUGAAUCAGAUCAGAUUAAAUAAUUUAAAGCAUUAACAGUGACACGAAAUUGAGUAUUAGGAAAAUAUAAUGUCAAACUUCUUUGUGUUUUAAAAACCAGAAAAGAUCGGUUACUGAAACCCUUAAUUUAUCUUAUUAAAAAUCAAACAAGACCGCUUAAAAACAUUAUUUUUUUAAUAAAAAUAUAUACAAAAAUUCAGUUCCCACCCUUUACAACUUUGCCUUGGAGGCACCCGGGAAGCCCAGGCGGUAGAGAGCCACCACCACAGCUCCUCCCAAU